CAAAGGACAAAAAAAAAAAAAGAAAAAAACUCCUCCAUUUCCUCCUCUCCCUCCCCCUUAAGAUUGGGCUAUCCCCUUUAGAAUCCACCGAUUUUAAUCGAUAUCUCAAUCGAAUUCAGAGAAUUAUAGUGUGCCCCUUGCCAGGUUUUAUUUGGACCAUUCUGGCUUUUUUCUGGUGCAGAAACGAGGAAAUAAGGGAAGAACACGAGCAUCGGGCGGCGGUCCUUGGAAUUCUAGGCCUCUGUUGAAGUCUCGGCGCUUCCGAUUGUGUAUUGCACCCUUAUCGGUCUUUUCUUUCUCGAUUUACCCCGAUCUGACCCUGAAAGAACGGAUCUUUUGCCCUCUCUGCCUUUUCCUGAUUUUGAUGCAGCUUUUUUGGGGUUUCUGGGGAAAGGGAGGCUUGGAUUGGGAUGUUUGUUGUGGUUUUGCAGUUAAAGAUGCCAGUUUUUUCAUCUGGAUUUUUUUUAUUGAGUUCUUUUGGGGUCUGGAGUUGGAAUUCACUCGCUUCCUUUCUGAUUUUCAUGGUUUUGGAUUUCUUAGGUUCGGAUCUUGGAUAAGUUUGCGAAAAGAUUGGAUCUUGUUCACGGGGAUCUGAUCUCUUGGAGAUUUUUGUUUGUUCGUCGUUUUGCUUGAUCUUUUUCUUUGGUGAAAUUUGGUGUAGAUGGUGUAUCUUGGCUUUGAUUCUUGAAUUGGAUUGUGUUGAACGUGAAGUUGAUGGGUAAUCGUCAGAUGGAUUAAGAGAAGAAUUCUUUUUCAAGUUGAGUGCUUUUCUUCAUAGGUGUCCCUUGACCAUUCGAGAAUAGGCUUUUUUGUUGGAAGUGGCACUUCCUGGUUUUGGUUGGGUGUCUAACAUUUCCCUUAUCUGAUCUGUAUGAACGUUUUAAUGGUGUGCUUGGUUGUAUUCGCUAUUGUUUUUCUCUUCGUUUGUCUAUUGAUUAUGGUCUGAGUAAUGGCUGUCUUUUUUUCUUUUCUUUUGAGACAUGGGGUUGUGGGUCAAUCUUUAACUGUUUUGUUUCAGAUAAAUGAACUGUUUUCUUGGAGAUUGUGAGAGUAUAUUACAUUCUUUCAUCUGCCAUUUGUUAUAGAGUGUUUACUCUUUCAUUGUUUUUUCUCUUGCAAGAAGAUCUGGAUUCUUGGCACAUAGGAUGAGCAAGUGUGACUCUGCCCCUGUUUAAUUUGUGCAUAGGUUUGAUUACCCAAACCUGGGAAGUUGAUUUGUGCAUUUACAAUUCCUUAUCCGAAGACACUCCAUAGCCAAUAGGAUUUGAACUCUCUUUCCUGCUUAAGCUUGGGGCACUGCAAGUUUGGACUGUGCCCAAUGGAUGCCACUACCAGUGGAGCCACUCCAUCCAUGCCAUUCCACGCUAUCAUAGAUCAGCCCCUCUCUCUUGUCUCUCCAUUGCAGCAAACAUUCCAUCGUCUGCAGCGCCACUGCUUUGGCGACUCCACCCCAGGGGAAUUCCCAUUGGCGACGAACCCCUCCAUUGUCCUCCAUGUUCUCACUACCUGUGAUUUGGAUCCCCAGGAUCUUGCUUAUCUAGAGGCAACAUGUACAUUUUUCAGGAAGCCUGCCAAUUUCGCUCCUGACUUUGAGUUGUCUAUAUCAGAGCUCGCAGCAUUGGACAUGUGUGAGAAAAGGGCCAUCUUUAAGCAUAUGACAAUGGAGGAGAAAGAAUAUCUUAAGGAAUGCUGCGGGCGCUCCUGGAAGUUAGUUCUUAGGUACUUGUUGGCAGGUGAGGCAUGUUGCCGGAGAGAGAAGUCUCAGGCGAUUGCUGGACCUGGCCACAGCAUUGCUGUGACAUCGAGUGGGGCAGUCUACUCCUUUGGAUCCAACAGCUCUGGGCAACUCGGCCAUGGCACAUUAGAAGAGGAAUGGAGGCCGCGUCUUAUCAGAUCACUGCAAGGCAUUCGAAUCAUACAAGCAGCAGCUGGAGCUGGACGGACAAUGUUGAUCAGUGAUGCUGGACAGGUUUAUGCAUUUGGCAAAGACUCCUUUGGUGAAGCAGAAUAUGGAGUUCAAGGGUCAAAGGUUGUUACAACACCUCAGAUAGUAGAAUCAUUGAAGGGCAUAUAUGUUGUUCAAGCAGCCAUAGGGAACUUCUUUACUGCAGUUCUUUCUCGAGAGGGAAGGGUUUACACAUUCUCUUGGGGUAAUGAGACAAAACUAGGUCAUCAGACAGAACCAAAUGACCGCGAGCCCCAUCUUCUCUUAGGCCCUCUUGAGAACAUUCCAGUGGUGCAGAUUGCUGCUGGCUACUGUUACCUGCUAGCAUUGGCAUGUCAACCCAGUGGCAUGUCAGUGUACUCUGUUGGCUGUGGUUUGGGAGGGAAGCUUGGGCAUGGAACAAGGACUGAUGAAAGGUACCCAAGGUUGAUCGAGCAAUUUCAGACUUUAAACCUGCAACCUGUGGUUGUUGCAGCGGGGGCCUGGCAUGCUGCUGUUGUGGGACGGGAUGGCCGGGUAUGCACCUGGGGUUGGGGACGUUAUGGCUGCUUGGGCCAUGGGAAUGAGGAGUGCGAGUCUGUCCCCAAGGUGGUGGAUGCCCUAAGCAAUGUCAAAGCUGUUCACGUUGCUACUGGAGACUACACAACCUUUGUGGUUGCUGACACAGGGGAUGUCUACUCAUUCGGCUGUGGAGAAUCCUCUAGCCUGGGACACUCAACUGGGGUUGAUGGACAGGCCGACAGACACAUAAAUGUUCUCAGUCCAGAGUUAGUCACCUCACUGAAGAAGAUCAAUGAGAAGGUAGUGCAGAUUAGUCUCACAAACUCGAUAUACUGGAAUGCACAUACAUUUGCUCUCACAGAUUCUGGAAAACUGUAUGCAUUCGGAGCAGCAGACAAGGGUCAGCUUGGCGUUGAACUUGUUGGACAGGAGAAUGAGAGAGGGACUCCAGAGCACGUCGACAUUGAUCUCAGUUAGUUCCCAUAGGAUCCUGCUCUUCUUCUUCAUUCUUAGAAAAGCUUCUUUCGCUUUCUUUCAGCUCCAUGGCUUCUGUCAAAGUCCUCUCACACCGGUGCCGAUAGCCAUGAUCAUGACCACCAUGGUGACUCAUCAAAAGCAUCUCAUGUUCAUAUGCUACGAAAACUUAUACUGUUUAAAAUUGUUGUCAAUAUGUAAAUAUGAAGAACCUGUCCAAUGCAUGUUUGAGCUGGAAGCAGGGUGCAGGUGAAGCACUUGGAUCUCUUGAACAUAUACAGCUGGUAUGCCAUUGAGGGGUUUUAAAAUCAAAGUAUGCAAAUUAAAUCAA